GCGGCGCAUGCGUGUCGCCUGCCUGGUGGCACACGUGAUCAGGCCCGGUCCGGACCGCGGGGAUGGCAACGGCGGUGGCUCCUGUCCUGCGGCGUUGGUUGGGCGCAGCUGCUCGCAGCCCCUUCGGGAAGCCGGCCCAGGUUCUUGGUGCGACUACCUGCGGUCACCGAAGGCUAUCGGCUUUCGUUCCGCCCCCGGCCAAGUAUGGGGGCCGACACACAGUGGCGAUGAUCCCGGGGGAUGGAAUUGGCCCGGAGCUGAUGGCACACGUCAGGGAUGUGUUCAGGUGUGCCUGUGUCCCGAUUGAUUUCGAGGUGGUGGAUGUCCGUCCUUCGCCGGACAGUGGGGCCAGCCUCGAAGGCGCGCUGACAGCAAUCCGGAGGAACCGCGUGGCGCUGAAGGGCAACAUCGAGACCAAUCAUAACAUGCCCCCAUCACACAAGUCCAGCAACAAUCUGCUGAGGACAAGCCUGGACCUCUAUGCCAACGUCAUACACUGCCGCAGUCUGCCCGGCGUGCUGACCAGGCACCAGGGCAUCGACAUCCUCAUCAUCCGAGAGAACACAGAGGGCGAGUACAGCAACCUGGAACACGAGGUGGGUCACCCCUCAACUCCGCUGCCCCGACCGCAGAAUAUGCCCCAGCUCACCAAAUGCCCCUCAUGGUCAGAGGAGGUAGCACGAGGUGGGUUCUCUCCUCCGUCUCCCCCUCCCCCAAGCACGUCGGUGUGCCGGCAGGUAAGGGAUGCUCGCUAACUGACCAAACGUCCCGCACGGACGCGGGCAGAGAGCGUGGAAUGGGUGCCCUCCACCG